AUGACAACUGCUGUGCGUCAUUAUUCACUUGAAACUAUACUUGAAUUAACAUAUUUAACGAAUAUAAAUGAAAAUGAUCAUAUAUCAACAUUAAUUGCAUCAUUUAUUAAAAAUCCUGAAUCUGUUUUACAAGAACUUGAUGUUCAACGUUUAAGUGCUAUUUUAUCUAGACAACCAUCAAUUAUAAGUACAACACCAAAGUAUUCGACAUGGUAUGAAUAG